AUGCUGGGCAAUAUAGCACGCAAGCCCAGCGAAGACAAGACCGACAACCCUUCGAAUCAACCCGUAUCAUCGUCGACAUCCACGCCGAAACCCCAGACCUCCGAAGCCCUUACCCCCAAACCGAAGAUCAACGUCACCCCGGCCGCAACAACACAGUCGAACCCGAACCCUUUUGCACAACUUGGUGUACAGAACACCAAGAUAGCGGGAGAUGAAUCCGCCGCCAUAGGUAGUUCCCGUCCUGCCCGCAAACGGCCCGCGCCUGAUGUUGACGACGCCGAUUCAGCAUCGCCCGCCCAUAAACCAACUCCACAGCCAGUACAGCAGCAAAAGCCGGAGACGGAUGAGGACUAUGCACAUCGGGUGCUGUCACAAGUCUUCCGCGUUUCUGUUGAUCCGCACCAUAUGACAACCCCCCAGGGCCAGCGUCUGAUCUUUCUACCGAGCUUGAACCAAGAGCUGAACGAUUCUGGCGAUUCCCUGAAGUUAUCCAUUGGUAACCUGGACCAGGCCAUAAUAGAGGCCUGUAGCAGUUGGCCACUGACCAAACCCCUUCUAGAGUAUCUGCUGCCGUGUUGGAAACGAGUGGUUAAAGCGUCUAGUACUGCCAGGAAUGUUUCGGCUCCGAGACAAGAAAUUCUUGACGAGGCCAAGCGGCUUUGCAUGAGCAACUGUCUAUUCGCUUUGACAAUGCCAGCUCUUUAUGGUCGUGACCCGAACCCUCAGCAUGAUACGCUUGUGCCUUACUUGCUAAAGGGCAUUCAAGACGAUGCUGGUCUUUGUUUUGACUUCAUUAGAGAAGCUAUCAAACGAUUUGACGAAGAUGAGGCAUUCCCUGCCCUAUUCAAUGAUGCCAUGAUCGAAAUUAGCAGCCAACUGUCUACCCUGUCUCUUGGGGACGAGUACAAACCCCACGUCCAGGCGCUUCUCACAUAUACGCGAUUCCCAGUGCUUAUUGCCAACCUCGCCCAACACCCGUCCUUCAACAUGGCACAAUCUGCUGCUGGCAUUGAGCGACAUACCAUUCUCGGCCCUUUCUUUCGUAUUUCCCCCCUUCAACCUGAGGCAAUCAAAAGUUACUUCCCCGGAGCCCGAUCUCUCGAUAGAGUUAGAAUUGCCAACGCCCAAGAAUCAUUACGAAUUGUUCUGAGAGCACACCAAGAUGACCUGUUCGUCAUCGCAAAUGCUUUUAUUCGUGCCGGUCCGGAUACGAGAAGCAGGACGCUCAACUGGUUCGCAUACAUUGUGAAUAUGAACCACAAGAGAAGAGCUCUGCAGGUUGACCCUAGGGAAGUUGCCUCGGACGGUUUUAUGCUCAAUGUGACCACCAUCAUGGACCGAUUUUGCGAACCUUUCAUGGAUAACGACUUUAGUAAGGUGGAUAAGAUCGAUGUGCGCUACUUCAAGAGACAGCCCCGAGUCGACAUCAAAGAUGAGACUAAAUUGAACGCGGACCAAGCUACAGCCGACGAGUAUUACUCCAAGAAGGUCGAAGGGGAUUCAAACUUCAUCUCGGAAGCCUUCUUCCUGACCCUCGCCGCCCACCAUUAUGGAAGCGAGGCAUUAAAUUCACAGCUUAAGAACCUUGAUCGUGAAAUCAAGUACCUGGACAAACAUAUCAAGGCUAUGGAAGCUGAACGUCCUAAGCUCGCCAAUUCACCCCAUCAACUUCGAUUAUUCGAAGAAACCUUGAAACGACACACAAAUGUUUUGGAGAAGACGAUUGCUCUGAAGCAUGCCAUUGAGGGCGCUUUGCUUGAUGAGCGAAUGCAAAGCACGUCACUUCGCUUCAUGCGUUACGUUGCUGCAUGGCUAUUGCGACUCGUCACUGGCUCGGAUUACAAACCCGGUCAAGAGACUGAAAUGAUCAGAUUCCUUCCAAAAAUUAUUCCCAGUGCUGUUGGCGACGAAAUGAUUGCUCUAUGCAUCACUUUCCUGCGAUCAUCUGAAUUCAUCAAGAACCCAUAUCUUAAAUCCUCGUUGGUCUCACUACUAUAUUCCGGAACGUGGCCAUUUAUGCACUUGAAGAAGGGAGUCUUUGGCGAUCAGCUUAUGGCGCUGCCUUUUGCCAAUGAAUACCUCUUGCAUGCCCUGAUGAAGUUCUAUAUAGAAUGCGAAUCUACCGGUGCCAACACUGCUUUUUAUGACAAGUUCAACAUUCGAUACGAAAUCUUCCAGGUCAUUAAAUGUGUCUGGAGCAAUGAUGUCUACAAGCAGCAGUUGACACGGGAAAGCAAGACCAACCGUGACUUUUUUGUUCAGUUUGUGAACAUGCUGCUCAAUGACGCUACAUAUGUCCUGGAUGAAGCUUUUACAAAGUUCCCCAAGAUCAGAAGCCUAGAGCGAGAGCUGGAAGACACUUCUCUUUCAGCCGAAGAUCGGCAGAAGAAGGAGGAAGAAUUGCAAACACUUGGUGGACAAGCCACCUCGUACAUGCAGUUGGCGAACGAAACGCUAGAGAUGAUGAAGCUGUUUACCAAGGCCUUGAGCGAGUCGUUCAUUAUGCCCGAAAUCGUUUCCCGCCUAGCAAGCAUGUUAAACUACAACUUGGAGACGCUGGCUGGCAAAAAGGCUGCUGCAGAGUUGUCCGUUUCGAACAAGGACAAGUAUCAUUUCCGCCCUAUCCAGCUCAUUUCCGACUUUGUCGACAUUUAUCUCCACCUGGGCUACUCACCAGUAUUCGUGGACGCUGUCGCUGCGGACGGUCGAUCCUAUAAACCCGAGGUCCUCGACCGUGUGACUCGCAUCUUGUCGUCCAAAAACGCAAAGGCUCCCGCCGAUCUGGCACAAUGGGAAAAGGUAAAGGCAAAAUUCGAAGUGGCGAAACACGAAUUGGACCAGGCUGAACUCGACCUGGGCGAUAUCCCAGCAGAGUUUGAGGAUCCCAUCAUGGGUGACUUGAUGAAGGACCCGGUGCUCCUGCCCAGUCGACAUAUUGUCGACAGAUCAACCAUUGUGCAGCAUUUAUUGAGCGAUGCCAAGGAUCCGUUUACACGGCAGCCUAUGACGAUUGAUGAUGCUAUUCCACAGACGGAGUUGAAGGAGAGCAUUUUCAAAUGGAGAGAGGAGAGGGUGAAGAUUGCGAAGGAGCAGGCUCUUGGAUUAAAGGGCGACCAAAUGGAUACCACGGAGGGUUAG